UCUUUGUUGAGAUGCAGAGAAUCGUGUUUUGGCACACAGACUCCAUUGAGUCGCCGAAAUCCUUUGCGGCAAACGCACUUGGGAUUAUAGCAGAAAUUUUCCGCCGGACACUCUUGUCCAUUUGGGCAUUUAAUAAUCAUGCAACUAACUGACUCAUUUUCCUCACAAUCUACGCCCACAACUUGAUAGGGAUUUUCUGGGAAUUUAUAAGAUAGUUAGGAUUGUAGCUCAAUUCUGCUGCGGAUUAUCAUUUCACCAUUCUGAUAUCUUCUUCCACCUAAAACUAAUCCGACUAACGAAACACAAGAUAUUAGCAGGUAUACAUUCAUUGCAAAACUGACCGCAUUAGUAGAAAUAACAUUUACUAAUACGGACCAAAUUCAGCGUUGUUAAUUAGGUUAAAAAUUGCCUAAGACUCUAAAUAAAACUGGCUUACAAAAAAUUAAAGCGUUUCAACUGGCAUCACUUCCAACCCAGUUUUGAACUCUGUUCACUUGGCCAUCUAACACACCAAGGGCGCACAAUUGCCCACUUCACCGUGCUCCAGACAUAAAGGACCUGCUCCCGCAUGGAGGACCUCCUGCUCCGAGGACUGCAAUCCGUGUGUAUAUGUGUAUGUGUGUGAUUUGCAUAUAUGCAGGCCAAGUCGAGCAGCAGCCGCAGCAACAACAAGUGCAACCAAAACAAAGAUGCUGCGCUCCUGACACUGAAACCCGCACAAGGCCAAUCGACGAAAUCAGGCCACGCACACGAAUCCCGACACGGUAACGGUGGCGAUGGCGAUGGCGAUGACGAUGGCGAUGUAGAUGACGUAGCGUUCCGAUGCGAUGCCCCCGGCAAUCAGCCUGCCACAGCCUACUACAGAAGGCCGGCUUUCCCGGACCCGGAGACACUGUCACUCCCACUCGUACUCCCGAACAUAUCCCAAACCCAAAAGCAGAGGUAACUGCACUCAGUCCUACACGGCGAACAAAUGCUAGCUAACACUUUUUGAAGAUAUGUCAGAUAUUAGCUACAGCAAUCUCUAGAACUUUGAAAUAUCAUUUAAAAUUCAAAGAGCAUUGAUUAUAUUAUACAUAUAAAAGUUUUUUGGGUAAUAAUAAUUUUAAUAAGACCCCUAGAAAUAUUUAAAGUUGUUUCCAUACAUGCCUCAUAAUAUAUUUCAGUUAACUGCUUCUGAAAUUAUUUUUCGCAGUGUAAGCGCCGAGAACUCACACAUUUCUGAAUCGGAGAGUAAGAGUGUCGGCGGCAAGAGGCGACUGGAAAAUGUGGUGUGGUGGUGGAUGCGAUGCGGAUGUGCUCGGCAAGUGCAACUCGCUGAUGCGCAUGUGGAUGUGCAUGGGUGGAUGGGUGUGGGCAUUGUGUGCGUGGGCACUUCGACGCCUUUCCGGCAUUCAGGCAUUGCAUCACCAUCACCAUCAUCAUCGUCGUCGUGGUCGUUAUGGCGGUGGGGUAUUGUGGAAAGCGAACAUGCAGCAAGUCUACGCAUCCUGCCGGUCAAACAGUCAACAUUUCCAUUCUUAUAACGCAGAAUGUGUUACAAGUGGCAGACAAUGCCG